GGGCGCGCCGCCCAGGCCGGCGCGGCGGCCGCGGCCAUGGCGUUCCGGCCGCCCUGGCGUUCCUUGGCGAGGCGCUGCCUCCGCGGGGCCCGGGCGCGGGGCGCCGCGCCGCAGCGCGGCCGCGCCGCCGUGGCCUCCUCGCAGGAGCACGAGGACCUGGGCCCCGCAGCUCCGCGCGAGUCCGCGGUGGCCGCGGUCGCGGCGCUCCACGACGAGGGCUCGAGGUUCCGCCGGGAGCUGCAGGGCCUCGCGGGGCGCGCGGGCCCGGGGGCGUCCGAGGCGAUCGAGGCCGCUGGGGCCCGCUUCGAGGACCGCCUCGAGCGGGCGCUGGCACGGGGCCUCGCCUCGUCGCUGGCUCGCGGGGCCCCGCAGCCGGGGGCCGAUGGCCGCGCAAGCGACGCCGAGCUCCAGGCCGGCGACAGCAGCAGCAGCAGGAGCGCGCCAGCGGCCACGAUGGCCGCCGACGGCCUGGAGGCGGUGCUCCGCUCCGCUUUCCGAGGCCUCGGCUGCAGCACCGUGGCCGUGCUGGACCGCUGCCGCCUGGGCGACCGGGGUGUGGGCGCCGAGCUCCCAGACGGGACCUGGAUCCAGGCCUGGAUCAGCGGCGGCCGUGUGCUGUGGGUGCUGCCGGACGUGCCAGCGCUGAGCGAGCUGGCCCGCGACCCCGAGCUCAGCGGGUCCGUCCUCGCAGGCCUGCUGCAGUACGGGGCGGGGCGGACGGAUAGCUUUUUCCUGACGAGGCAGCCGCUGGCCGUCGGCUACAAGUUCGGGCCGCUGCACCACGAGGUGCUGAGCUCCCCAGCCGCGCUCGGCAGCAAGUUGGAGGACACGAUUCUGCUCGUGCAGCAGCAGGCUCGGAUCAUGGCGCUGGAGGGCCGGGUCGCCCGGGCUGCCCUGCCAACGGGCGCCCCUGCCACCAAUUUUGCGCUCGCUGCUCCGCCCGCGGCGGGGGCGCUGCCAGCGGCAGCCGCGCCGAGGGGCCGCGCGGAGGAGGCGCUGCCCACGGAGGCUGUUCCGGCAGGCCAGGCGGAGGAGGCCCCGGAGGCGCCGCCCGUGCAGGCCGCGCCGGCGAGCGCUUCGGAAGUUGUUGCGUCGGCGCCGCCCGCCGCUGCCGCCCCGGCGGGCCACGUGGAGGCCCCGGAGGCGCCACCCGUGGCUGCGACAGAGGCUGCGUCGGCGCCGCCCGCCGCUGCUGCCCUGGCGUGCCGCGCGGGAGAGGCCACGGAGGCACUGGCAGCCGUGGAGGCGGUCCCAGAGGAGGCCGCCCGCACAGCGCCCGCGGAGGCCGUCGACGGCAAAGCAGCAGCGUGGUUCGAGCGCGUCGAGGGCCUGUACCUGGACCCGCACUCCGCCGUGAGCGCGUUCGACGAGGGCCCAGAGCGGUGCUUCGAGAUCUCGGUCCAGGACAGCCCGAGGCGCAGGGUGGGCAUGGAUUUCAUCCGGAAGUCGGUCAUGGACUUCGAGCACUUCGCCGCCCACCCGGCCGCCUACCGGGCGGCGGCCGAGGCGCGAGGCUACGCCAUGGAGGUGCAGGCCCAUGACAAGGGGCACCGCCGCUUGAAGAUCACCUGGACCGUCGAGGAGGGAACCGCCGCCGACGACGAAAGCGCGGCCGAGGCGGAAGUCGCGGCGCCGCCUCGCGGGGGCCGCCGCGUAGGCAGCGACGGGAAGAGCCUCGCGUUCCUGGAGCUGCCGGGCUGCUAGCGGCCCCCCGCGCGCGCCUCGCGGCCGCGCGCCUGGGGCCGCCGCCCCGCCGCGCGCGCAGAGACCGCGCAGAUGGCGCUUGCUGCACAGCCCGUCGACCUCUGUGGCCGCCCCC